AUGGCUAAUCUCAGCCUGACAAUGCAAUGCUCUUGGGAUGAUAUAUUGGAAAUCUUUAAUGUAUACAGCACGAUCGCGUUACCAACUUCAAAAGAAGCUAGUCCUCAAUAUAGCAUCCUUGCUUCUGUGAUUCUUCUUAUCUGCCUUUCUGGACUUGUGGGGAACGGAACAGUCAUCUGGAUUAUUGGCUUCCAUAUUAAGAGGAAUUCUUUCACCACCUGCAUUGUGAACUUGGCUGUAGCCGACUUUGGAGUCCUCAUAGCCCUAGUGUUGAGAGAAAUGUCACUGAUUCUAAUAGCUGAUAAGCAGGACAUUGCUUUGCAUUUGGCUCAUAUCUCUUUCCCUGUCUUAUUAUUUAUGCACACCGCUGGUCAACUUCUCCUGACAGCUAUUAGUAUUGACAAAUGUGUGGCUGUUAUCUUUCCAAUUUGGCAUCGAUGCCAUCGGCCACCAAAGUUGUCCACCCUUGUGUGUGCCUUUCUAUGGUUUCUCUCCUUCAUGUUCUGCGGAAUUCAUGUACUACUUGUGUCUGCUGGCCAAGGCCCACUGUUUCUGGUCAUUGUGAAUGUUCUGAUCUGUUAUCCACUGAUGGCCAUCUCUACUCUGACUGUGUUUGUUAAAAUCCGCUUUAAGCAACAUCAGCGUAAGCGGACAAAGCGUUCAAAAGUAAUUCUGCUUACACUGUUUUCUUUCCUCACCUUUAGUUUUCCACUGAACCUAUGUAUUGUUAUUGGUUAUUAUUACUUUUUAGAAGCGCUGACUAUCACUUUUGAGAUCAUUGCUACUCUGUGUGCCUCUCUAAACAGCAGUGUCAACCCAGUGCUUUAUUUCCUUGCUGGCAGAGAAACGAAGGUUCAUUGCAGGGUGUCCAGGUUGAAAGUUGCACUCCAGAAGAUUUUCAAAGAUGAGGAAGACUGCAGAGAUGAUGAAGAACCCCCAGUUUAA